UUCUAAAUUGAACCCUUCCUUUUGCAGGCCCAGAUCGCUUUUCUUCAAGGUGAAAGGAAAGGACAAGAAAAUCUGAAGAAGGAUCUAGUGCGAAGAAUCAAAAUGCUGGAAUAUGCGCUUAAACAGGAAAGGGCUAAAUAUCACAAACUAAAAUAUGGCACAGAAUUGAAUCAGGGAGAUAUGAAGCCACCAAACUAUGAUUCUGAUGAAGGGAAUGAGACAGAGAUUCAGCCACAACAGAAUAGUCAGCUAAUAUGGAAACAAGGUCGACAGCUGCUAAGACAGUAUCUACAAGAAGUGGGCUACACCGACACGAUACUGGAUGUGAAGUCAAAACGAGUACGAGCUUUACUGGGCCUCUCAAGCGAUGCUUCGGAGAAGGAAAACAGAAGUCAAGAGCUGAUGGUAAAUGGCACAGAGAGCCAGAUGAAAGAAAACGCGAUGAUGGGGAAACCUGAAUUGACUGACUCUGCCUCUCUGCUAGAGACCUUCAAGUUUCUUGAAAAUGCAGCUGCAGACUUCAGUGAUGAAGAAGAUGAAGAAGAUAUUGAAGGAAGAGAGAAAACAGUCAUUGACAGCGCAACAAUUGUAAGAAAAAGAGCACUGUCUGACAGCAGCGAAGACAGAGAUACAGAAGAAGCUUUGAAAGAGUUUGACUUUUUGGUUACCUCUGAUGAAGGUGAUGGGGAAUCAAGAAGUUCAGGAGAUGGAACAGACUGGGAAAAGGAAGACCAGUGUCUCAUGCCUGAAGCUUGGAAUGUCGACCAGGGAGUAAUAACCAAACUCAAGGAACAAUACAAAAAGGAGCGCAAGGGGAAAAAGGGGGUGAAGAGGCCCAACAGGUCCAAGCUGCAAGAUAUGCUUGCAAACUUGAGAGAUGUUGAUGAUCUCCCUUCGUUACAGCCAUCUGUCGCACCUUCUUCUAGGCCCAGUAGCUCAAGGCUCAUCGAACACGAGAUAAACAGGACGGAUGAAGUGGAAGCUUUAACAUUCCCUCCUUCUUCAGGGAAAUCUUUCAUUAUGGGAGCCGAUGAAGCCCUUGAAAAUGAGCUGGGUCUUGGAGAACUGGCAGGCCUUACAGUAGCCAAUGAGGCAGAUUCACUGACUUAUGAUAUAGCAAACAAUAAGGAUGCAUUGAGAAAGACUUGGAACCCCAAAUUCACAUUAAGAAGUCACUUUGACGGAAUAAGAGGUCUCGCUUUUCAUCCGCUUGAACCAGUCUUAAUAACAGCUUCAGAGGACCAUACAUUAAAAAUGUGGAAUUUACAAAAAACAGCCCCAGCAAAAAAGAGUGCUUCUCUUGACGUAGAGCCAAUAUAUACCUUCAGAGCACAUAAUGGACCAGUGCUCUGUGUGGUGAUGAGCAGUAACGGUGAACAAUGUUACAGUGGGGGAACAGAUGGCCUCAUCCAUGGCUGGAAUACAACCAACCCCAACAUCGACCCCUAUGACUCUUAUGAUCCUUCUGUUCUAAGAGGUGCUUUUGUAGGCCACACAGAUGCAGUGUGGGGUCUGGUUUACAGUGGAGCACACCAGCGUUUGCUGUCCUGUUCAGCAGACGGCACUAUACGUCUAUGGAAAGCUACAGAAAUUGCUCCAGCUCUCAGUGUAUUUAAUGAUAAUCAAGAAAUGGGAAUCCCUUCAUCAGUAGAUCUUGUGAGCAGUGACCCAAGCCUCAUGGUAGCAUCAUUUAACAGUGGACACACUAGCAUCUUUAACAUGGAAACACGACAACGAAUUCUUACCCUGGAGUCCAGUGUGGAUACUGCAGUCAGUUCCUCCUGUCAGAUAAACAGAGUCAUCAGCCACCCAACUCUUCCAAUUAGUAUCACUGCUCAUGAAGACAGACACAUCAAAUUCUACGACAACAAUACAGGAAAACUUAUCCACUCCAUGGUAGCUCACUUAGAUGCGGUUACAAGUUUAGCUGUUGAUCCUAAUGGCCUAUAUUUGAUGUCUGGCAGUCAUGACUGUUCAAUUCGCUUGUGGAAUCUUGAAAGCAAGACCUGCAUCCAAGAAUUUACUGCUCAUCGCAAAAAAUUUGAUGAGUCCAUUCAUGAUGUGGCAUUCCACCCCUCCAAAUGUUACAUUGCCAGUGCAGGAGCAGAUGCCCUGGCUAAAGUGUUUGUAUGACAGAGUGCUUCCCUUCAACUCUAACUUUGUAUAUAUUUAACCAGCUGCACAAAAGAGAACAGGAGGGCAUGAAUCUUCUUACCCUGCCCUAUAAUUCAGAGAAUGUUUGUAAGCGUUUAGUUUUGCAGGGUGCUGUUUUCUAAAUUGACGUUUGUUCUGGUUUCUGUGAGCUCAGCUGGUGCUGAGAGCUUGGAAACUCUCAGUUUCAAAUAGCUAAAAAACAAAAUAAA